AUGCCAUGUGAAACCGCUCUAAGUGGCGCUGUUUCAAAUGGUCAUUUUGAUGUGACGGUAAUCCUUCUACAGGCAGGAGCGGUCGUAAGCUUGUCGUAUGUUGGCGCCGAUGUUCUAGCUAGGGCCAUGGCUCGUGGGUUUGGAGCCGCUGUCGAGUUGCUUCUUAGCAAAAGUAUCCAAGUUGGCGAGUGGGCCCUGGAAGAGGCAUUCAAGGGCAUCUCGCCCAGAAUCAGCGACAUGCUACUCGACAAGAUUUCAGAUGUGGACGCAGUUGCAUAUUUUAGCAACGCUCUUCUUCCAGCCUCUCAAGAAGGGCACUACGAUCUUACAAAGGCCUUGUUAGAGAGAGGGGCAAAGACAAAUGUCACGGAUGCCUCUGGAAUGAGUGCAUUGAGCCUUGCGGCUGGAAACGGACAUGAAAGCGUCUUCAAAUUGCUCCUUCACCACGAAGCGCUGAAUUUCAUCGAUGUCAACUACAAGUGUCACCCUCUCUAUGCUGCAUCUCGUGCAGGCCAUAGCAAGAUCAUUCAGCUGUUGCCUCUGGACGACAUUGGUUUAGAUAUCAUCUACGAAAGUGCCGUUGUAGCACUACAAUUCGGUAGCUUCGAUGCGGUCGAGCUGCUUCUCAAGCGUUUCAAUCCCUGUCAACUCGGCAUACAGUAUAAUGUUCUUGUAGAGGCUACAAGAGCUGCAGUUCGCCGGGGAAAUCAUCGUUUAGUAAAGCUACUGCUUCAGUAUGGAGUAGACGCAAAUACGAUGGGAAGCAACGGUAGCAGCUUGCUUCACAACAUGUUUAUACCAGAGCGUGCACCGCUUGGUGAAAAGUCCGUGAGAAUAGGAUUUAGCCGCAGGAUGGCAAUGGCUGACCUUCUACUUCAAUAUGGUGCGAGAGGUAGUACGCCAAGUCCCGACGCUUUUGGUCAUGUGAAGCAGCAGUACGUUGAAAUGGUGCAUGCUCUUCAAUCCAAGGUAAUGUUCAGAGAAAGGGCUGGGGGGAGGGAUUUCAUUCCAUACCAAGUAUCCCUUGAGACACUGGAGGACGGAGAAAUCAGGCUACACGUAUCUCGCUAA